AUGCGCCGCCACACGAUGCUCGCCGCCCUCCUGCUCGUUGUAGCCGUUUCGCUCGCCGACGCGCAACUCUCGCCCACAACAACCACCGCCACAUCCGCCACCGCCACAAGCAUCCCCACAGGCCAAGUCCUGACCGUCACCAGGGGCUAUGAGCACUCCUUCAACCCCGGCUGGCAGGAGCUCGAGCGGCGCGAACUGGCGCGCGUGAAGGCGUUGCAAAAACGCGUGGGGGCCAUGCGAGCCGCCACGCUCGUCGUCGGCCCCGCCAUGCUCAUCCUCGUCGUGCCAGUCUGCUGUGUCACGCUUUGGGUGUUUAUCAAGCCCCAGGCGCGGCGACCGACGCCGCACAAGCCCAAGCCCAAGCCCAAGCCAGAAGCAGUCGAGAUGGCGCCGCGUAGCCCGUCGCCGGCGAAGGCGCAGCCCGUAAUCGGCCCAACGGCUACUGAGCCGUACGCCUAUCCCACCGGCACCGGCACCGGCUCGAAGGCCAGCGCGGCGACGCUGGCGGCAGCAGCGAUUCCCCUCCUCGCCAAGUCUGCCGCCGCGUCCACAUACGUCUCCACCACGACUGUGGCACUGUGGCUCGACGACGCGGCGUACUACGACAACAAGUACAAGUAUGACCGGCUGAUCGCCGAGGAGGAUUUCCGCCCGUGGAUGAUUGCGCUGGUGGCUAUCAUGGGCGUGUCGGUGCUGAUCGUGGCGGGGUUCGCGCUGGUACGUGUGCCACGGCUGGCUGUGGGUAGCUAG